UACAACAGUCGAAGAAACCACAACGGAGACAAUUUCAUCUACAUCCACAAAGCCACCUAAAGAAGUCCCCACGGGCCCAACAACCACUUCCACCACUGUAAUUGCUGAAACCUCUACUUCAACAUCACAGCCCACAGCAACAGGCGAAGAAACAUCAGGGCCAGUUGUCAUAACUUCCAAUCCCACUACUUUAACAACAACAACAAUUGCACCCUCAACAACGCCACCUACCACAGGUGGAACGACAACAGUUGAAGAAACCACAAAUGAGACAAGUCCAUCUACAAAACCACCUAAAGAAGUCACCUCCGGCAUAACAACAACUUCCACCAAUGUAAUUGUUGAAACCUCUACCUCCACACCUCAGCCCACAAGAUUAGGUGAAGAAACAACAGGGCCAGUUGUCAUUGAUUACAAUCCCACGACUUCAACCACAACAACUACAGAGGUAACUACACCUACCACAGGUGGAACGACAACAGUUGAAGAAACCACAAAUGAGACAAGUCUAUCUACAAAACCACCUAAAGAAGUCACCUCCGGCCGAACAACAACUUCCACCACUGUAAUUGUUGAAACCUCUACUUCAACAUCACAACCCACAGCAACAGGUGAAGAAACAUCAGGGUCAGUUGUCAUUACAUCCAAUCCCACUACUUUAACAACAACAACAGAGGUAACUACACCUACCACAGGUGUAACGACAACAGUUGAAGAAACCACAACUGAGACAAUUUCAUCUACAUCCACAAAGCCACCUAAAGAAGUCACCUCCGGCCCAACAACCACUUCCACCACUGUAAAUGUUGAAACCUCUACUUCAACAUCACAGCCCACAGCAACAGGUGAAGAAACAUCAGGGCCAGUUGUCAUAACUUCCAAUCCCACUACUUUAACAACAACAACAGAGGUAACUACACCUACCACAGGUGUAACGACAACAGUUGAAGAAACCACAACUGAGACAAUUUCAUCUACAUCCACAAAGCCACCUAAAGAAGUCCCCACGGGCCCAACAACCACUUCCACCACUGUAAUUGUUGAAAGCUCUACUUCAACAUCACAGCCCACAACAACAGGUGAAGAAACAACAGGGCCAGUUGUCAUUACAUCCAAUCCCACUACUUUAACAACAACAACAAUUGCACCCACAAAAACGACACCUACCACAGGUGUAACUACAACAGUUGAAGAAACCACAAUGGAGACAAUUUCAUCUACAUCCACAAAGCCACCUAAAGAAGUCCCCACGGGCCCAACAACCACUUCCACCACUGUAAUUGCUGAAACCUCUACUUCAACAUCACAGCCCACAGCAACAGGUGAAGAAACAUCAGGGCCAGUUGUCAUAACUUCCAAUCCCACUACUUUAACAACAACAACAGAGGUAACUACACCUACCACAGGUGUAACGACAACAGUUGAAGAAACCACAACUGAGACAAUUUCAUCUACAUCCACAAAGCCACCUAAAGAAGUCCCCACGGGCCCAACAACCACUUCCACCACUGUAAUUGUUGAAAGCUCUACUUCAACAUCACAGCCCACAACAACAGGUGAAGAAACAACAGGGCCAGUUGUCAUAACUUCCAAUCCCACUACUUUAACAACAACAACAAUUGCACCCACAACAACGACACCUACCACAGGUGGAACGACAACAGUUGAAGAAACCACAAAUGAGACAAGUCCAUCUACAAAACCACCUAAAGAAGUCACCUCCGGCCGAACAACAACUUCCACCACUGUAAUUGUUGAAACCUCUACUUCAACAUCACAGCUCACAACAACAGGUGAAGAAACAACAGGACCAGUUGUCAUUACAUCCAAUCCCACUACUUUAACAACAACAACAGAGGUAACAACACCUACCACGGGUGUAACGACAACAGUUGAAGAAACCACAACUGAGACAAUUUCAUCUACAUCCACAAAGCCACCUAAAGAAGUCCCCACGGGCCCAACAACCACUUCCACCACUGUAAUUGUUGAAACCUCUACUUCAACAUCACAACCCACAGCAACAGGUGAAGAAACAUCAGGGCCAGUUGUCAUUACAUUCAAUCCCACUACUUUAACAACAACAACAGAGGAAACUACACCUACCACAGGUGGAAUGACAACAGUUGAACAAACC